UUAUCGAAAAACGGCCAUUCUCACCUCUAGUUAAAAUAACAAAUAUGGCAACACCGCAAAAGUAAAUAAUGUAAUAAAAUGUACAUUUUUUAUAAAUUGUAAAGCGUACGAAGUUUGUAUGAAAUCACAGGACAAAAAUCGAUUAUAUUUAACUUCCUAAAUGUUGUUAAAUAAAAGUAUAAAGAGCUGUGAAAACCACUAUGCCACUACCCUACAACGACAACACAACCCUGAAAAUAUUUUUAAAUUUUUCCAAACCUAGUAUCUAUUAGAAACAAUAUUUUGUUCGUUUACAACUAGUAAACAACUACUGAAGAAACAACUACUGAAAGUGUGGCCUAGUGACGGAGAAUUAAACCUUCAGCUCAAUAUUAAAGUUACUUAAAGAAAAUAAUUCGUUAAUUUAAAAGUAUGGAGUCAACAACAGUAGCUUCCACCGUUCCCAGUGCUCCAACAGCUGCCGCGAACACUAAGCGCAACACACAGCAGGGUCGAAAAAAGUCUGGACCUAAAUUUGAAUUGUCAGAGUCACAAAAAUCUGAUAUUAAGGAAGCGUUCGACUUGUUUGAUAAUGAGUGCUCUGGAUUUAUAGAGGUAAAGGAGUUGAAGGUCGCUAUUCGAGCCCUUGGAUUUGAGCCCAAGAAAGAGGAAAUUAAGCGUAUGAUUGCUGAAAUCGAUAAGGAUGGCAGUGGACGUAUUGCCUUUAAUGACUUCUUGCACUUGAUGACCGUAAAAAUGGCUGAAAAGGAUACAAAAGAGGAAAUAUUAAAAGCCUUUCGGUUAUUUGAUGACGAUGAGACGGGAAAGAUUUCAUUUAAAAACCUUAAACGUGUGGCCCGCGAACUUGGUGAGACGUUAUCAGAUGAGGAGCUGCGCGAGAUGAUCGACGAAGCCGACCUGGAUAACGACGGCGAGGUAAACCAGGAAGAAUUUUUGCGUAUUAUGAAAAAGACUAGUUUGUAUUGAAAGUUUGAAAUAUCCUUUUCUGAAAUUACUUUGUAUACCACAGGCAGAAUUGUAUACCACAUGUAUUUAUUUUGCUUCUGUGAGCGGUUUUUAUCUUUAUGUUGCUCAUAAAGUUUUUUAUUUAUUUCCAAGAAUAAUAGUAUUUUACCUGCAAUCAAAUAAAAUAAAUAUAUAUAUAAAUGUA